AUGGGAAGGAAAAUAAGCCAAGCAUCUCCGAAAAUAUCUAAGGAUGAACCUCAGAAACAUCAAUUCAAUAGUUUGAUUAAGGUUUUGCGGCCUAAGGUCUACAUCACUGACAACUCAAGCUUCAAGAAGUUAGUUCAAGAGCUAACUGGCAAUGGAAGCCCCACCACUUUGUCUCCACCUCCUUUGGAACCAAACUUGGUUCAUAAUUGCCCCCUUAUUAGAACUGAGUCUCAUAAUGGCUCUCAAACUAGUCCUGAUGAUCUAUCAGUUUUUUCUCCUGAAGCAAACUCACCGGAGUUGUGCUAUGAUGCAUUGAUGAAUGAAGAGUUUAACCAAGUUUGCAAUCAGUUAUGCUUAGAUGACCUAGCCUUCCAAGAAUCUGUGGCUAACCAGUCCAUAGACCAUUUGUUGGCAUAUCAGAGUUUCGAGUCACUACUGUUUGAUGUUGAGCAAAAUCCCUUGUACAACUGUUAUGAACAAAUGGAGCAGCCAGAUGUGAGCAUAUAUGAUUAUGAGUUGUCAGGACUACUCUAG